AUGUGCAAAUUCUACUACGAAAUCACACUGUGUGCCUGCGGCGAGGCCGGCCGAUGCCUGGGCGCUCUGAGAACCAGCCAAGUCAGCAUCGGCGGCACGCCCUACCACGUCGUGAGCGAUGCGGUCCACAGGAGCGAAAUCUGUCUGCGCCGACGGCUCAAGGAGAGAGGCUCGCGUGCAUCACGAGACUGCUUCCAGACGGCAAUAUCGUCGCGCAUGGGGAAAGUACAAGAGUUUUGCCCGUGCACGGCCGAGGACCGGUGCCGGCGCAUCGAAGAGGCAGUGGAGACGCCGUACGGCAUGCGUCACGCCGUGAAUCAGACGGGCCUGGUGACGGUCGUCUGCAAGCAGCGGCGCUUCGUCAUGUCAUCGGCGGCCUUUGCGGCAAGAGAGUGUCCCAACACGUCCGAGGGGUCGAGGGCCGGCCCCGAGGGCGACGGAUUCCGCUACGAGCCCGCCGAGAAGAUGUGCCAGUUGUGCGCCGAUUUUUGCGGCAUUCCUCGUGGCGUCUGA